UGUACAACUUGCAUCUCAUAUAUAUAUAUAUAUAUAGUUGAACAAGCUCAAGCAAAUUAUGCUCAUCAAACCUCCAAAAUUAAUCUAAAAUUCCAUCAUAUACAGUUGAUAGCUUGCAGAGAAGCCAAGUACAGAGGCAUCAAGAAGCAGCUAGCUAGCUAGCUUUGCUCGAUCGAGCUCGCCGGCCAUGUCGCUGUCGUCGAGCUCCAACUCGCUGCCGUACUCGACGGACCAGGGCGGGUACAGCACGCACGACACGCUCGUCCUCCUCGGCAUCGGCUUCUUCGCCACCGCCGUCUCCGUCCUCAUGAUCGUGCUCUGCGAGUGCCUCUGCUGCCGCCGCCGCCGCCGCGGCGGCGGCACCGUCGUCUACGUGGCGGCCAGGCCGUUCUUCCUCGGCGGCGGCGGGCUCAGCGCGUCCGCCGUCGCCACGCUGCCGUCGUUCGUGUACCGCAGAGAAGAGUGGGCCGAGGCGGCGCCCCGCGGCGACGGCAGCGGCAGCGGGCGCGGCGGCGGCGGUGGGUGGGCGCAGUGCGCGGUGUGCCUGAGCAUCGUGCAGGAAGGGGAGACGGUGCGGCAGCUGCCGGCGUGCAAGCACCUGUUCCACGUCGGAUGCAUCGACAUGUGGCUCCACUCCCACUCCACGUGUCCUCUCUGCAGGGCCAGCGUGGAGCCUCUUGGCAAGGAGACUCCUCUCAAGGAUCAGGCACCUCCAGUGUAGCGCAACGGGUCGGACCAUGUCAUAGAUUUCCGACGAGACUCUCUCCACGUAAAGCCGCAGCGACGUUGCAUCCUGACAUGUGGAUCUGUAGGGGAUGGGAUCUAUUUGUGAGUGACAACGUUUGGAGAUAAGUUACGUAAGAGGGUCUUGAUCUACGUGGAUUUGAGCUCUCAUUUGAAUUACGAGAAUUCGAUACGGGUGGGUGUUAGGUUUUCUCCAUAGAUGUCGUAUUGUUUGAUGUGUAGAAAUGGAAGUUUUCUUUGGGGGUAAUUCAUUACCUGAGUAAUGUGUUUGUAAAUAUAUCAACGAUUUAGGUUUAAACAGAGUCUUGUAUGCUGGUGAGCAUAAUGUCUUCAGUUCAUAUGGGAGGACCCGUUUUUUUUGCUC